UCCUCAAGUAUCAGCCAGUUAGUGGUCGUCGCCUGUUGCUUUUGCUUCGAGUCUCGUCCCAUAAAAGCGGAAUCUACGUGUUGUUAUAUUAAUAAAAUAUUAAUAAAAGAGGAUUAAAGCUCGCCGAACAUGAUAUUGGCCAAAAGGAAAAAGUAAACAGGCAUAGCCGCUGAGUAGGCCUAGCAGUCCUGAGAUGAAGUUGGCCCAAAGCUAACAUAUGAAUAUGAGGCCCGAACAUCGGAUCGAGGAGCAUCACUAGUUAGGAUAUAGAAAAUAACACUGUCAGACACUGACAUCUGACACCAUAUCUCAUCUUAGGAGCACUAUCAUCAUCAUCACAGGAAGCGGAAGCGGAAGCAUAGCCAUGCAGGUUCCCGAACACAUUGUUUCACUUUACAUUGCCACCUGUGGCCAAAAUGGACCUGGACUGGGUUCCGACGAGAAGGAGAUCAUACUGAUGGUUUUUGUCCUGCUGGAAGUGACCAGUGGACAGAUCGUAGGCACCAAACAAAUACUCGUGCGACCCGAUGGCUACUUCAUCAAGGAUCGCACCAUAUCGAGCUCCUCGGACACCUCGAGUACAACCAACAACACGGCCAGCUCCCCGCCCCUGGCCAUUGGGGAUGCCACAAAUAAUGGCAGUGGGAGCAGCCUGGACAACAAUAACACGGAGCUGGUGCUCCCAAUUGCAGAAGCCCAGGCAGCGGGCAAACCUUUGAGCGAGGCUAUCGAAGAGUUUGAUGCCUACCUUCGCUCCCUUUCGCUCCACGACACUGAGAUCAAGCUGGUUACGGACGGCCAGUUGCCGCUGAGGCAGUGCCUCCAUCGGGAGGCCAGUGCCAAGGAUCUGGAGCUGCCGACCUACUACAACCGCUUCAGCGAUCUCCGCAAGGAGUUUCUGCGCUACAAGUCCGGCGAUCUGGCGCAUGCCCUUGUGCCCGUCAAGGAUGCCAAGAAGAUGCUGCAGGCGCCAUCGCUGCCAGUGCCGCAGUCCAUCGCAGAGAUGUUGGGUGAACUCAAUACCUCAUCGGUGGAGGAUAAAGACUUUUACAUACGCGAAUCUCGCGACAUGGUUACUGUGAUCCAGGCCCUGCUUCAAGCAGGUCACACUUUUGCUGCAAACGAGUUGGUCAACCUGGUACUGGAACCUGGAAUUUGCUCAAUUGACGACGAGAUCGACGGCAACUGCAUUGUUCGUGCCAGAGGCUUACCCUGGCAGAGCAGCGACCAGGACAUCGCCAAGUUCUUUUGCGGCCUCAACGUAGCCAAGGGCGGCGUUGCUCUCUGUCUUUCUCCGCUGGGGCGACGCAACGGCGAAGCCCUCAUCCGUUUCAUAUCCCAGGAGCACCGCGACAUGGCUCUGAAACGGCACAAGCAUCACAUCGGUACCCGAUAUAUCGAGGUGUACCGGGCCUCGGGUGAGGACUUCCUGGCCAUCGCCGGCGGUGCAUCGAACGAGGCGCAGGCGUUUCUUUCCAAGGGAGCCCAGGUGAUCAUCCGAAUGCGGGGUCUACCCUACGACUGCACCGCCAAACAAGUGCUGGACUUCUUCACCACUGGGGAUACGGCACCCUGCCAUGUACUGGAUGGGAAUGAGGGCGUGCUGUUUGUAAAGAAACCGGAUGGACGAGCAACCGGAGACGCCUUUGUUCUGUUUGCCCAUGAGUCGGAUGCUGCCAAGGCGCUGGGCCGGCACCGGGAGUCCAUAGGACAGAGGUAUAUCGAGCUCUUCCGCUCCACAACCGCCGAGGUACAGCAGGUGCUUAACCGCUCCAUGGACCCGAAGAACUAUGAGUCGGGCGGCAACCACAGCCAGCCACCGCUGAUUGCUCAGCUGCCGACCAUGCAGCUACCACUGCUGCCGCAGCAUCUCAUCACCUCGGGCACCACAAGGAACUGCAUCCGACUGCGAGGACUGCCCUACGAGGCGAUGGUGGAGCACAUACUUCACUUCCUGGAUGGGUUUGCCAAGCACAUAAUAUACCAGGGUGUUCAUAUGGUGAUCAACGCACAGGGCCAACCCAGUGGAGAGGCCUUCAUCCAAAUGGACACGGAGGACUCGGCCCGGUUGUGCGCCCAGCGCAAGCACAACCAGUUUAUGGUCUUUGGCAAGAAGUUCCGCUAUAUUGAGGUGUUCCAGUGCUCUGGUGACGACAUGAACAUGGUCCUCAAUGGCGGUCUCACCUCGCCAGUGGCCCAACCACCGCCCCCGCACCAUGGCCAUGCCCAUUCGCACGCCCACAAGCAGCCCUCGCUGCUGGCUGCGGCCACCUCGGGUGCUGCUCUACUGGGCGCCCACUUUGGGGCCCCGUACCCUGCCUUUGGAGGGGCUCCUCCACCACCACGUUCGCACCACCUGCCGCAUCACCCCCACCAUCCGGCGUCCGCUUUUUACCCACCGCCGCUGGUGUACUGGCCGUACCCGAGUCCUCCCGUCUCCCCGACCACCUACUACACCCAGCCGGGGGCGCACUCGCCCUCACAGCCCUUGUACCCGGUGGACUUCUUCCCGCCCUCUCCGCUGUCGCCCCCCAGUGUGGCCAUUCCGCAUACCAGCACCGGCCUGAUACUCACGCCCACUAAGGCAGCUGUGUCCUUUGUGCCGUCAAAGCAGUUCUCACCCACCACAUCGGCGGGCAGUGGAAACACUAGCUCCAACUCCAGUUCCACCUCCAGCUGCAGUUCUGGCUCCGGAAAGUUUCCCCUUCCGAUGUUGCCAGCCAUCACCCUGAACGGAUCGGUGGAGAAUGCCACGCCCAAAGCCCCGACACCCACGCAGACGGGAGCUCAUGGACAAGAGGCCUCUACCACAUCGUCAAAGUGCCUUCUUAGCAUAGACACAAACCACGGGACGGCAUCCACCGGCGCUGGAGUGCCCCCGCUAAAGACCGGAAGUCAAGGGGCGGGAGGUGCGGCUGCCACGCCUCUUGUGAGCAACUCUUGCGUGGAGCUAUUUAUAUCAUAGAGCUGAUGCGGAAGCGAAGCUUAAUGUCUUGCCAAUCGAAGAAAGCAAACCAUUGCCUAGACGAGAACCCAUGGCGAAAAUGGCGAGGAGCUAGCCGAGUCUCCAACACGUGUGGGUGGAUUGCGUUGACGGCGAAUUCGCGAUGCGGCGAAAAUCGAACGAAACGAAGGAAUCUCCCCGCCGUCUCAUGAAUUUCUAUAUCCUCCCCCCCUAUACUACUUAUGUAUGUCGUCCUUUAAGGCUAAGUUAGUGCCCCAGUGCAGUCCAUUCGACGUCUUAUUUAUUCAGUUGCUGCAUUAAAUCCAAAUAUACACAUUAGCCAAUUAGCGAAGUGAAGAGAGCGCAAAGAAAUCGACAAAUUUAUCCCUAGUCAAUAGUCAAAUUAUUUAUACAACUAUUUUUUAUGCAUAUAUGUGUGUAUGUACUUGUAGCUGGAUGUUAAUGUUAUUAAAAACAGCCAAUCAGUCAGCGCGCCUAUCCUGUAUCCCUAGGAUUAUAUCCAUUUUUGAAUAUUGUUAUUCCCUUGUGCACGCAACCUGCAACCUGCAACCUGCAACAUGCAACGUUACAGUUGUUGCACCCAAUCGUUUGCAAUAAAAAGAUAUUAUCAGUUGUUUUUUGAUAAAUAAACGCAUAUAUUUAAUAUAUCAAAUUGAAAUCAUCGAA